AUGGCGAAGCAAGUCCUAGACCUUGAGCGAGAGGGCAUCGAAUUAAAGAAUAUUGAAACCGAAAUCUAUUCGAUCCCUCAAGAGCUGGAUGACUUAUAUCGUGAACUCAUCCGAGGUAUGGGCUGGGACUCUCUGAAACUUAUCCAAUGGAUCUGCUUUGCCGUGCAACCCUUAUCCCUAGAUGAAUUGCAAUGGGCUAUACUUAUCGAUACCGAUUGCCUACACAAGUCAUUACAAGAAUGCAAGAGGUCGAAAGAUUAUAUAUCAGACAGGGAAAGAAUGAAGAGACGAGUCCAGACGCUCAGCUGCGGUCUUGCUGAGGUCACGUCGGAUACGAAGGCUGUCCAGUUCAUCCACCAGUCCGUCAAGGACCUUUUCGUCGAGAAGGGCCUAUCGGCUCUGAGGGAGUCCGCCAAACCCGACUUUGUAGUCGGAAUUACACACCAUCGGCUUUCUAGGACCUGCAUACGCUACUUGGCGAUGGAGGAGAUCGGUCGGUCAGCAAUUCAAGAGCGCGACAUGACAUCCGAGUUUCCUUUCCUGCAUUACGCCACGACCUCGUGGGUAGCGCACACGAAGCAAAGUGAUGCUAGAAGUGUCCCUCAAGAUGAUCUCCUGGAAUAUUUCGCAGGGCCAUUAAACACGCUUAUGGAACGAUGGAAAGGACUAGUCUAG